UUGUCGGGAUCCGUAUGUGCCGGAGGCCCAUGCACUCCAUUCGGAUAAGUCACCCGCUUGACAACAGCAAAGGCAGCGCCGGGCGCCCUCAGUUCACAGCUAUUGCAGUGCCAGCCUCGGCGUGUUGACUACAACUUCCUUUACUAAAGGGAGAUUCUGUUGUACACACCCCAUGUCGAGAAGGACUUCAUCACGCUGAAAGUACAGUCAAUCGAUUACGUCAAAAAUCGAUUCUGUUUUUCAAAUCUUGAAGGAAUUGAGGCGGUCCCUGAUUGCCUGAGUCACGAGAAAAGGUGUCAAGCAUGGUGGCAAUAAUCACAGGAACAGACUGGGAGGGGCCAGAAGGCACAGGGUGAGAGGGGGGUAUUCAAGACGCGCUCAUUCAUUUAAGACAACACUCAUCUUCCUAUUAUGGCCAUUCAACAUGAAUAAUGUUCUCCUGAUGACGGUUAGAUGUUGAGGUAAUUCAUGUCAAACAGAUUGAAGGCACUAGUGAUGUGAGUCAGCACACUGUGAACUUCCUAUCCCUGUGCAUUGAUCGAAUCUUUAGGUACAGUCACCAAAACGUAACGGGAACUGCAAGUCCCCAAUCGACUCUACUGCGCCCUUCGCGCCGUAAUCCAGUGAACAAAGUUGCUCCAGCAUUGUGAUUUGCCUAGUCAAAGAUGGCCGCCGAUCCAUGCUGUUACCUUUGAAAGCAGCUCUCACUGAUAUGACUUGGAUUAAUACUUGAAAGGAGGAACGGACAGAAAUAUACCGAGAUGGGAUUUAAUAAUAGUAAGGUGGUGUGGGUGCUACUGGCCGUGUCUGGAGUGUUGUGGACGCGAUUUCAUUGUGUUCAGGCGAGGCCGGUGAACGAUGAGGGUAGAGUUGUGCUGAAAAGGGUGCUCAAGCCUUGCGUAGAUCAGGCUAAACCAGAAUUGCAAAAAGGAUCUAAUCGCACAAAGGAGCAAGUGAACAACACACCUUGUAACCCAGAAAAUCCUCUGCCAGUUGAAGACAUAUUGCCCAAGAGACUUCCAGUCACAAUGGCAAGAAAACAAGACAGCAUCACAGAUGAGCACAGUUUGGAAAAGGAAGGCACGGAAUACUCCUUCAGCGAGAACUCGCCCCAACCCGGGACGAAGAAAGAGGAUUUAUCUGGGGGCAAGACCGGGCUGAACUCGGACGAGUUCCUUCAGCGGUCGGAGUUUGAGGAGGAAGAAGAAAAUUUGGACUCACUGGCACCCCAUGUGCCUUACCCAGAGAUGGAUCGAGAUGGAGGGGAACCAGCAACCACAGAUGCAACGAUCCGAGAGCCAGGUCAGGACAUCGCGACCAACAAGCAUCUUCCUGAUGAGAAGAAGUCAGAGCUUUUUAUUGAUUCGGGCAUCUUUCCCUUCAUCGCUAUGGGUGUGUUGUCAGCGCUUUUCAUCACAAUGAUGAUAGCUGCGUUGUAUUUCGCCCGCCAUUCAUCGGACUCACAUCAGCACAGUCACAUAAGCAUGAAGCAUAUCGGCAUUGGACCAGCCCCACUGUCACGUGAUGGUGACUCAGCGUUUCAUACAGUGACGUUUAGGAAUGCCAAAGAUGCAGUUAUAGGUGAUUUCGCCAUAAAUAUGUUUGCUGUCCGCCAAGAGGAACGGGAAGAAGCAAAACGAGAGUUAGCCGAAGCCUCCGAGUCUACGCUCCUAGCGACCCCGGCCAAUAUUCCCGUCCCGAGAGUCACCGCAGCACCCGUAAUUCUGGAGGCCGAGCAAAGGGUCGCUACGCCCCUUCACCGCGAUCUGCCUGACGUGGUCAGCGUCUCGUCGUCACGGAGGGACACAAUGUGUAAUAACAGACACUCAACAGGCAGCAGUUUGUACAUGGAACUCAUGAAUAUGUGUCGGAACACUCGGCUCCUUGAGGAGCUUGCACUGAGGAGAAAGAACAUCAUGAUGCUGGAUGCCACGCAGUUAAAUCAGGAUGAUAUGUUCUCAUCUGACACUGACUGUAAUAAGAGUGGGAAGUCAGUCCUACGACGCCAUGCUUCAAUAGACUCAGCCCGUUGCCGUGAGAAUGUACCACUGCCAAGUACAUACGAGUCGCAUUACUUCAAGUUGUAUGACGGAGAUGAUGACGAUUCGUCAGCACUGGCCUCAGCGUCUGCUAACACCACCAUGGAUGUUAUGUUUUCCGGGGACGAGGGGUGCACGAGCACGCUGAGUAGCCUCCAUCGUAAAGGAUCAUCCAAGAGAAACUCGCGGUUACUGGAUGAAUCUCGCCAGUUGCUUCCCGUUCAGGAGUUCUUUAACGAGGCGUUGAUUGACAGCUCAAAAGGAGACGAUGUUGGAGACGAAGAUGCCUUAUACGAGACCAUUGAUGAGAUGGGUUACCGUCGACGCACUGCGUCCUCACGCGCCAUACGCCGCCUGAUGGAAGCUCGGGAAAGUGCCGGCCAGGCCGGGGAAACGGUCGUGGUGGAGAACGCCUGGGAAUCUUCUCCGAAGAAAUACGACAAGAUUGAUCGCAGUAUCAAAGCUUAUAGGAAACAAAUGGCUAAGGACAAAGACUACAAUACACUUGUGGUCUAAUGUCACAAAUAGAAGUGCUGGGAUAGAGCUUUCCUUUAUAAUGUACCCAUUUCAUAACAUAAUUUUUAUUUGAAUUUUCAAAAAUAUUGUUAAUAUACGUUUAUGUCUUAUAUUGACGAAUUUGAGUUCUGAAAUAGACCUUUUGCAUAAAGGCGAGAGUCAGAGGGCAAUGGUUUUGUAUUUGUUCAUUCAUUGUUGUGGAACAACGCGCGGCAAGAAUGAUCACUAUGGAGUAACUGUGCAGAUUAAAAUAAUGUUUAGAAAAUUAAACCACAACACUCACUUGUUUCGUUGACUAAGACCCGAGACCAAGGAAUUAUUUGAUGAGAAACGUUUUGCCGGAAUUCUAGGAUGAUACAUUGUAUUUGUCUUUUUGUAUUUCUAAUGGUUUCAACAAAUUAAGAUUAUUAUACCAGCUUGCUGUUUAUAAAAUUAUACCGAAAAAUUAAGUGGUUUAAUAAUUUUACAAUUUUGCAUUCUAUCAAUUUCAUUACCAAACUCAUUGAGUUUUCAGACAAUAUGUUCAAAAUGAACGAAAAUUGAGCUCAAUAUUGCAACCGGAAAAGUCUUAUGUUACAUCGAAAGACCAUUUUUCUGAACAAAUUCAAUUUUCAGUUUCGCGAAUGGACCAUUGCACGUGAUUGUUAAAACCGCUCAUCGAAUAGAGGACCCUGAUUUUCAAUUUGAAAAAAAUAUCUAAGUUGACUAAAACAUACAAUAAAACAAAAGGAGGUUGUAUAUUUUAUUAGAAACUACCCUUAUAAUUUGCCACGAUUCACACAGAAAAAAAUUGCUCUGCUAGCAUUCUGGUAUUCAAUCUGUGAAAGCAUGCAUACAUGUACAAGAUAUUGUUACUACAUAUCUGAACCCUUUACAGAAUAUACUUUUUACCGAAAAACCGCUGAUUGCUAUUUUACAGCUUACAUAGUAGUAAUAAAAAAAAUGUGCAUAAUAUCCACAAGUACAAAAAAGUACAUGUAAUUCUAACUCCAUACAUUCCUAUACAAACUAUAACGAUCGAGGUUUGGGCAUAUUCAAUAAUCAUUGCAUAUGACUCUAAAUCAGUACAUUUAAUCAGUUGUGUUUUUCUUUAAUGUGAAACUGUAACUACAUAAGUCAUUCAGUUGAGAGUGAUUUAUUUAAUGAAGUAAAAGCAAAUCCUGAAGAUUGUAAGGUUUCAAAACCACCGAUAGAAACUUCACGAUUUUUAGAAGAGUUUUCUUUUAAAUUUAAAACAUUUUUAAAUAAACAAAACAUGUUGCUAAGAUUUUUGGAAACCAACAUAAAUUAUCGUUUAAAUCAUUAUUUAAAGAGUACACCAAAAUAAACUAAAUCGGUACAUAU